UGUCAUGAUUUGCAGAUGAGCUGCUACACAGCACAGCGCAGGUGUCGUCUGAUCAUCACACCUCGGAGACUGUGCAACCAACCAACAAUGGAUGAGUAGGCUACUUGACGAAGCAUUUCAUAACGACUUACCAAAUGAACGUUUGACUUUUGAUGAACUCGAAAGGUUAUGGAUGUCUAAACGACAACCCCCCGGUAAGUGAUGACAUGAAGCGUAUGUCGAUAGAGCUGUGGAGAGGUUGCCAUUGACGAUACAGCGGUGGCUAAAAUGGGAGCGCGGCGAAGCGAUGAAAACCGAACAUUAUCAAUGGGGGACCUUACGACCGGAUGCUGAAAACAAAAAAUCCCAAACAGCCUUUAAUAUUUCAAAAGAUGUCUUCAAUGGAAUAAAGAAAAUAAGACAAUCCGAAGAUUGAAACAGACUGACAGAUAAAAAGGAUCCUUAGACUGUGUCAAAGCAGUGGAGUGUGCUGGAGCUGCAGCCACACAUGCACUCUCCCCCAGCCUGUCGGCCAAAGCAUGCCCACCUCAGAGGCCUCCGGUGUGGGCAGUAACUCUAGUGCCAUGCCCUGGGACCCUGGCUCUAAUGGUGAUGUGCCCUGGCCUUCGGUGGCCAACAGCGUGGUGAAGAUGGUGCUGAUAUCCGUGAUCGUGUGUGUGUCUUUGUUCGGGAACGUGGUGGUGUUGCUGGUGUUUCAAAGAAAGCCCCAGCUGCUCCAUGUGGCCAAUCGAUUCGUUCUCAACCUGCUGCUGGCAGACCUGCUCCAGACCAUUCUGGUCAUGCCCUUCGCCAUCGCCGCCACUGUGCCAGGUGUCUGGCCCUUGGAUGCCCGCCUCUGCCAGGCCCUGGUGGUGCUCAUGCACCUGUUUGCCUUUGCGGGGGUCAACACUAUUAUCGUUGUGUCGGUGGACCGCUACCUGGCCAUCAUCCACCCACUGUCCUACCCCACCCGGAUGACCCCUCACCUGGGCACAAACCUCAUCGCAUGCACCUGGGUGCUGAGCCUGCUCCAGAGCACGCCGCCACUCUAUGGCUGGGGCGCCAUCAACUUUGACCCCCGCCACAACGUGUGCUCUGUAGUGUGGUCCUCCAGCCUCUCCUACUCCGUCCUGGUCUCCACCUUCUCCUUCUGGCUGCCCGUGCUCAUCAUGCUGGGCUGCUAUUGGAUGGUAUUUAGGGCUGCAAGAAGGCAGAACGCCCUGGUCCACCCCAUUCAGACCCACAACCACCCCAAUCCGCAGCCCCAGCCGUCAGACUCCCAGGCCCCCUGCCCCUCUAGCCCCCAGCGGAAACCCCAACAGGCUCCUCCAUCGGAGAGCUCCUUCUCUGCCGGAGGGUACCCCAUCCGGGCCAGGCACAGACGUUUCCACUACCAGUGCAAGGCAGCCAGGGUGGUGUUUGUCAUCAUGGCCUCCUACAUCCUGAGCAUGGGUCCGUACAGUGUUCUCAACACGGUGUCUAUUCACUCCAGUGCUGCUGUCCCCCCCUGGCUGGCCUCUCUGGCCCUGGUGCUGUUCUUCCUGCAGUGCUGCCUCCACCCCUACAUCUACGGCUACAUGCACCGCAGCGUGAGGAAGGAGUUCCUCGCCCUGCUGUGUGGGCCUCUCUGCCGGCAGGCCCAGCGCAGCCAGACCUCGGCCGUGGACAGCUGCUUCACCGUGGGCACGGACGGACGCUCCGCCGCCCCCCACCUGCCCAGCCUGGCAGCCCGUGUCUGCCCCAUGCGCACCUGGGAGGAAGGGACCACCUGCUCCUCACCCACCAUGGACAGAAAGUCCAGAGACAGCCGCAAGGAGACCACCUCCAUCAGCCUGAGCUCAGAAAGGGAGCUCACCGUACACAGCAAGUAGAGCAGCCACAGCUGGGGUGAAGGGAGGGAUGAAGAGAGGCAAAGAUGGAGGGGGAUGUUUGGGUCGUUUCCCCACCAUUGGCGACCAGGUUUUUCAGCCUGGUAAACCUUUUGCAGAUUUGCCUUCUGGUCUACAGGGUUGUUCUUUUUGACAUUUUCUGUUGUGGGUGGUUGUAUGUUGCCAUCUAGAUGAUUGUACCAAUGUUCUUUUGCCACAUACAGCAAAUUAUUCUGGUAAAGUAUUUGUUUAGGAUGUGAAGAAAAAAACAUUGCUAGUCCAUCCCAUUCAAUGAAUGUGUUUAGAAAAUGAUUAAAUAAGUAAAUACUGUAUUUUAUUAUUUGUACUUGUUGACAAAGAUUAAGAUAUUAUGACAAUUUAAAUCAAUUGGGUAAAGGUAUACUCUAAGUGCUCUGUACAUCAAUCAGAGGGAUUUAUUUUGUCUACCAUCCACACAACCGAUCUCAUCUUAGUCUCAAAACAUAUCAGUAUUCUCGACUUGAAAUGACAUGCCAUAAAUGAUUUAUAUGACUGUUUCAAUUUGUUCCACUGGGCAUUUGAUACUGAGUCGAUAAAGAAAGUGUGCUAAAUAGAAUCAUUUGUGACAAUAGAAAAAAAUAGAAUAAUUUGUAACAGUAGAAAUAUAAACAAUAGAGUUGAACACAGCACUGGACAGAACUGAAAGAGGUUCCCCCUGGAACGUUUUCACAAAAUGUCACAUUUAUCUAAAAUGAUUUUGUUUUUAAAAUGCAGACUAGAUGGACUCAAUUGUAUGUGUAACAUAACAUAAAAAUGUGUUGGAAAGGGAAUAAGAAGAAGCCCCCAAUACAAUAAGACAGUACACAAUGGACACAAUUAGUCAGUACAACAAUUGAUGUCUUGGAACUGGUUGAAGUGACCAGUGAUCAAUGUUAUUGUGGGUUUGGUAUGAGUCUAUAAUGCGGGGUUAUUAUAGCUAGCUGUCAAAAGCACAACUCCCUCUCCCACAUUUCCUGACUUUUGUGUCAUCUCGUUUCACAUGCCCAUAUAUCUAGCAUGAUGUUUAUAAGCCCCAGUGAAUCACAGCUGGUCUAAAGCCACCUCUGCAACCACACUGAACUCAGGGUAUUGUGUUAGGAGAAGUGUGAAGUGCCCAUGUUCUCCUUGAAGCCUCUUCAGUAGGGGGAAUGUCACUCUUCGCACAUCUGUAGUCGGUAUCGUCUGGUUCCAUUUCAAAGCACCUCUACUGAAGAAGUUGCGCUGUGGCUCGUUGUGAUUGGUUAUUCGGUCCCAGAGGAAGGCCACACAAUAAGAGUUUGCCUUAGCCAUUUCACUGCCUCUCAUCUUCAGUUCAAAGGAGGGAUAAGAGCCCACAAAAUGUCUCCCUCACCUGUCUGUGCCGUGGGAGGGUUCCAUCCUCUCUGUAGCUGAACGGCCGUCCUAUGUUAGUGGUAAGACUAUGUUCUUGACUUUCUCCGGUACUGCGAUUUGUACAUAUAAAUUCAAACAAGAUCAAGUCCUAGAGAACAGACAUGGUAUAAUAGUCUACAUAACAAAUGAGGUUGCAACAUGAAGAGUUCCACCCAGAUUCAUAAGAUUCCUCUCCCCCAAUGGACACACUUGGGGAAAGCUGUCCACUUCCUGAAUGUUAGCAUCAACUAUAGCUGGAUGAGAAGGUCCUCCUGCCGUACAUUAAAUCCUACAAAGAUACCACAUAACCCCCUCAUACGGAUGUGUAUGAUGUCUAAGUCCCACUUUGCUCAAAGCCAUGGACGAGGUGGAUGUGUCUACCUGCUAAGACUGUUUCUGAUACCUCAGCUUCUAAUUAAUGUAGAGAAGCCUUCAUUCGUUAAAGGGGAAGUCUGUCAACUGAAGGCAAAUAGGCUGGAGCCACUGGUUGUAAUAUAAUUGGUUAUUAUUAGCCAUGGUUCUCUCGUAUAAGUGGAUAUCAUGCCCUCAAGCCAAUGUGAACUGUAUGCAUGAUCUGGAGCGAGUGAGCAUUAAAAAUGUCUGAGAUGGAUUUGAAUGCUGCAAACCUGUUUAUUUAAGAAAGAUAACUCACCAGAACAGUUGACAAUCAAACAUUCAUAAACAGAAAGGCCACAAUCACUGCAGACACCAUUGUUGAGUAUUAUGUGAUAUGUCAAUAAAUACAGUAUGUAAUAUAGUAAAACAAACACACAAAAAAAUGUCUGGGAAUGUUUUAUAUCCAGUGCUUAAAAUCUAGAGAUUUUUGUGACUAUUUCUAUUGUUUUUUAUUUCCAUAAUUUUCAGCUUGGUCAAAAGAUGUUGGUGUACAGUUCAUUUAUAAUAAAUAAAAUGUAAUAUUCAAGUACGCUACAUAAUCCAUCACUCGACAGGUAAUGAAACGAAUAAUGGGUAAUUGGGAAAACAGACUGA